ACCGGACACCGCAGUGCGCCUCCUGUCUUGUUCUGCUGCCAGGCCACUUUUGUGUGCGACCAUCUUUUUUGACAUCCUGCGCUGAAAGUUCCGACCGACCGGAGAAAAUCUUCCCGUUUGCCCAUCUUUGGACCGUUUCCGUCUGCAAAAGUUAGCAAAGGAAGCCGCAAAAUGUUCAAGUCCGUCGUUCCGGUUCUCGGCCAGGUGCCCGCGGAGAUCUGCCUGGGACAGCAGAACCGUGGCAUGGCCACCCUGAAGCACAUCUCGAUGCGUCUGAAGUCGGUCAAGAACAUCCAGAAGAUCACCCAGUCCAUGAAGAUGGUGUCGGCGGCCAAGUACUCCCGUGCCGAACGUGACCUGAAGCAGGCCCGCCCGUACGGACUCGGUGCCCAGCAGUUCUACGAGAAGGCCGAGGUUGCCGUCAAGGAGGAGGAACCGAAGAAGCUGUACCUAGCCAUCACCUCCGACAGAGGUCUGUGCGGUGCUGUCCACACCGGUGUCGCUCGCCUUAUCCGUAACGAGCUGGCCGAGGAUCCCAACAUCAAGGUGGUGUGCGUCGGCGACAAGUCCCGUGCCAUUCUGCAGCGUUUGUACAGCCAGAACAUCGUGAUGGUGUGCAACGAGAUUGGCCGUCUGCCGCCGACCUUCCUGGAUGCGGCCAAGCUGACCAACGCCGUCAUCAAUUUGGGCUACGAGUACACCGAUGGUAAGAUCGUGUACAACAAGUUCAAGUCGGUGGUGUCGUACGGCGUCGCUGACAUGCCAAUCUUCAGCUUGAAGUCGGUCGAGUCCGCCGAGAAGCUGCCCGUGUACGACUCGCUCGACUCGGAAGUCAUCCAGAACUACCUGGAGUUCUCGAUGGCCUCGCUGCUGUUCUACGCCAUGAAGGAGGGCGCUUGCUCGGAACAGUCGUCCCGUAUGACGGCUAUGGACAACGCUUCCAAGAACGCCGGAGAGAUGAUUGACAAGCUGACGCUGACCUUCAACCGAACCAGACAGGCUGUCAUUACCCGCGAGCUGAUUGAAAUUAUCUCGGGUGCUGCCGCGCUGGAGACCAAGGAUUAAGCUGUGCGCUUCUGUGAAUGCCGCGAACGAAACACGAAGAACCGAAAGAACAUAAUUCCCCCGGGCAGGUCCGCCAGCUCGGCCUGCGUUAAACACACUACACACUGCGUCAACAUCUUAUCGAAGGGAUAAAAUAGUACAUUCAAUAAUCAAGGAUUAUGUUAACAAAA